CGCGCCCAUGUGCGCGCGCAACACGGCCAGUGGUGCACUGAUGGGAACGGCAGUUCACUGUUAAAAUAAUAAUGGAAUAGGUCAAAGUAACAGACGAGUAAAUAUAUAUAUUUUACCGGUAUAGCACAGAGCCUUUUCCAUGCGAGACGACAAGCGACAAUGUCCCGCGAUGGACGUACGCACAGAAAAAGGACGAGACGGAGACUGGCUAUUUCGAGUGGCGCUCGCUCGAAUAGAGGUUCCGAAGGCCGCCUCCUGACAUGGAUGGAAGCGAACGGUUUUCGUCUGCACAGCAAGCUAGGCUUGCGCGAUUUUCCAGAUACUGGGAGAGGAGUUGUGGCAUUGGAAAAGCUUGUUGGCGGAGAAACUUUCCUCAAGUUACCCGCAAGCCUGCUCAUAAGCACUCGGACAGCUCUCCAAAGCCGUCUACACUCGUUCAUAAUAAGGCACCAUGCAAAGCUUACGCCGAUUGAUGUGCUGACCCUCUUCGUCCUGGAUCAAAAGCUCCUCGGCGAGGCAUCGAGAUGGUGGCCGUUUGUGGACAGCUUGCCGAGGACUUUCACAACCCCGGUGUUUCUGAGAAGGAAGGUGUUCGAGAGCCUCCCCAAGGACCUGCGCGAGGAGGUGCAGACGGGGAUAACCUUCAUCCAAAGGACCUUCCUCAAGCUCAAGGUGCUGCUUGGAGGUCACGUCGAAGAGGAGCCAGAGGUUCAGUGUUUGAGCACCGGUUUCACGUGGAACAACUUUGUGUGGGCCUGGACAGCAGUCAACACGCGCUGCAUCUUCGCGCAAGGCAGCAAUUCCAGUUCCUUGUGGGAGGACGACCACUGCGCGCUCGCACCGUUUCUCGACUGUCUCAAUCAUCACUGGAAAGCAAGCAUUGAAACUGCCAUGGUAGGAGAAAAUUUCGAGAUCCUGAGUCACAAGAGUCAUGACGCCAAUGAGCAAGUCUUUAUUAGUUAUGGUCCACACAGCAACAGGAGACUGUUCCUCGACUACGGAUUUGUGCUUCCCGACAACCCCAAUGACGUGGUUGUGGUCACAAAAGAUCACCUGGUAAAGCUGUAUUCGCUGCACGAGAACACAAUGCCACACUUUCAGUCUAAAUUGGAUUUCCUUGAGAGCAAGAAUGUCCUUAGCACCACAACUGGUUUCACCAAAGAAGGGCUCUCUUGGAAUGGGAAGGCAGUCAUUCGGACCUUGCUGUGCACGAGUCACGACAGAAAACAAUGGCAAUCCCUCCUCUUCUGCUCGGAAGAAACGGAGCUUGAUAGCAGCCAGUAUUGUCUAGCUGCAUCCCUGAUCAAGGUCAUUCUACGUGACUACAAUCUGCCUGUGGCACAAGGCAAGGACUGGAGUUCCCAACUGGUGACAGCUUUAAUGAACGAAGAGGUCGGCAUUCUUCGGAAACAGCUCUGUAUGUACCAAAAGAAAACACUUAUUCAGUAAUCAAAGGCACUCACUUUCUCAUAUGGCACAUUUAUUGCCUAAUAAUGUACAAAAAAACGGGAUAUAAAGAGUCAUUCUUCUGCAAAAUAA